AAAAAAAGAAAAAAGAAAUUCGCGUUUGUGAGAGUCAGGGAGAGAGCGAAGGGCAAGCGCGGAUAGGGCGGUGAAGAACAUGGGUGGGUGAGUUUAAUUUCAUGCAGUUGCAUUGUACCUGAUCGCGUCCAUGGCUUCUUGGACAUUGGGGCUGCUCUGCCGCCGCCUCUGCCCUUUGGCUUUGCCUUUACCACCAACGGAAGAGCCUUCUCGGCCUGUGACGUCGGCCAUUGCGGCGAAAACACAUACAGAUACAAGGCAUGUUUCCUUUGCUCUUCUUCCGAUGAAUGUAGGGGUAAAAUUAGUUCUGGAGGUUGAUCUUUUAACCUUUGGCCGUAUAUUUUACAUUGAAAUCAUUCGCAUCAUCGUUUUGAGUUCAAUUUUAUAUUAAUUUCAUUUGGUCUAAUUUAGCAGGGUUUCUGUUGCUGUUGCAGUGGUCGAUUCAGUGCUUUUUUUUUUUUUUUUUAAAUUUCUGAGAUAGAACUCUGUGAUGCCAUGCCUCCUAUUUCCUCGACAAUGCAGGAAUUGGGAUUGAAAACGACUUUGAUCGGAUUUCGUAUUGAAAAAUUGAGUUCCGGCUGAUUUUGUCCCAAAUGUAUAUGUUAAAUAGCAACUUAUAUUUUGGAUGCUUAUUAUACUGUUAGUGCCGACUGACUAACCUUUCAAACUCACAAAAGCCUGGUUGGACUCGGAUGAUUUACCCUUCAAAUCUAGUGCGGAAUUUUCAGUAGACCAUGUAAAUAGUUGAAUUGGUGAAAUUAUACUUAAAUUAUGGCAUUUUUUCCUUUUUAUACCCAUUUGUUCAUGGGGAUUUUUAAGUAUACUUGAUUAUAUUGAAGAAAGUUCAAUGAAGGAACUUGAAGUAAUUGGUUACAUCAAAGGUUCAAAUAUCUUUUCUUGACAUUUAUUUUUUUGGAUAACUAGAGGUUGGAGUUUUGCUUCUCUACAUUCCCCGCACCCACCCUAAAGUUUGGACCUGAGAGGUAUAAAGAGUUUUUGUUAUUAAGAAGGUUAUAAUUUGGGACAUACCUCAAGCCCUUGCCAAUACAGCUACCUUGGGGAGAGAUAUUUUAUAAAGAUAAAAUCAAAAACUAAAAUUUUACAUUCUUUUUAUUGAGAAUAUUAUAAUAAUUAAAAAAAACUUAGAAAAAGUUUAUUGUUAUUUUUAGGUACCAACAAAAUGACAUUUUGGCUUCUUAUUAUGCAAGCUCCGGCCUGCCAAAUUGGGCGAACCUUGUAGUUCUAGUUUAGAAUUGGGAAAGAGAAUGAGACGCAAAUACAAGGACAAAAUUCUAAGUGCCGUUCAUGGGUGGUAAUGGAUAGGAUGGUAAGAAAGAAGAAUAAUUCCUUUUGCUGGAUUAUUUUGUGAAAGAAUUGGAGUUAGCGCAGUUCGGACUUUAUUAUGGGGUCUUUGGAGAGCGUAAUGGUAGAUUAUUUUUUAACGAAAUUCUGUUUCAAUAGUAUACAACAUACUACUUUUUGGUGAUUACAAAUUACAAAAAUCUUUUUUGUAAUUAUAGCUUGGACUCGGCUUUAAACUAUUGAAAAAUGACUAUUGUUUAGUUGUUGAGGAGGGUUUUCUCAACCUCAACCCUUAGAUUGUCUCGUUCUUUUAUUUCGGAUGGAAUACACUUCUGUCUUUUAUCCCAAAAGAAAGAAAGAAAAAAAAAUCCUACCCACCACCAAGUUUUUGACAGACGACGAAGUAAAAAUGGAAGAAGGAAAAAUAAAAAGACAAAAUUAAGGAAAAGUACAAAAGAGCUUGAAGGCCUAGGCUAGCCUACUGCAUUGGCCGCCUUAUAAGACUUGUUUGGAACGGCUCGCCGCAUAGUGUAAUCGGUGCAGAAUUUAAAACUCCACCUCGUCAAUCCUCAUCUCUGUUUCUCUGCAGUCCCUUCCACCAAGCAGUUGCGGGCUCUUUUAAGAGCAAAAAUGAACUCUAGAGACCAAAUCCCUCAUGGACAACAGAAAAAACAGGUCAGAAGGAGACGCCAAAGCCGGCGGCUUUACAAGGAAAGGCCUCUCAAUAUGGCCGAGGCUAGGAGAGAGAUUGCAACUGCACUCAAGCUCCACAGAGCAUCAACCAGAGAACGCCAACAGAAUCAGAAACAACACCCAUAUUUUGAACCUGAAGGAAGAAUGAAAUCCAGGAGAAACCCCAGGAUAUACCCAGGUUGCUCACUUUAUUUGGAUAACCGAUCUGAUUUUUCUCAUGUAUCUUCUCCUUCUCCCAAGGCUAUCUCCUUGCCUUCCUGCCCAGUUCCUCCUACACCUAUUUCUCAGAAUCUCAAUAUAGAAUUCCCUAUACAAACCUUAGGACUCAAUCUCAAUUUUCUUGAUUCUAACACUGUGGAUACUACUUCUGUUGUCUCCAACAACAGCCAUUCAUUUUGUUCACUUUCCUUCUUAACCCCAUCUUCAUAUCUUUGCCCCCCUGUUUCUUGUGCUGCUACUCGUCAGGAAGUUGUGGAAUCAGUUACGUUAUCUGAGGGAGGGAAGUUAAUAGCUUCUUCUGAUGUGGAUUGCUCCAAUUUCCCAAGUGGAAAAGACACGCAGGGGGCGGUGGAAGAGAAAGAGGCUGUGGCUGAGAAGGCCAUGGAAAUACACGUUAUGAAGGCUUUGGAGAUUGAUGGUCACCAUAGUUUUGAUAAAGCCGUGGAAUUUCCAGAUUGGUUGAGUAUCAAUGACGACUUUCUGCAGCAGCAUUCCAAUCAUCACUGCGCAGAGGAUUACGUCCAAGAUCCUGACCUUUCUUGCAUGGAAAUUGGGGAGAUUGAAGAUGUGGAUGGAGAUUGGUUAGCAUGAUUUUUGGGUUUAUCUCAUACCAUGCCUUUGAAUAGUUAGGAAGAAAUGAAGAUAUUCUCAUACCAUUUCAUCGAAUGACAUUUAUUCUCUUUUCAAAACUCAUUCAUCUUCGCAUGAUUUUCAAGC